AUGGACAUCAAUAAAGCUCCCGUACCAGACACCACAUCCAGCCCGCCUCCCCCCUUACAGGACGAAGAAGCCCAUCUGAAAGCGCGCACCUCGGACUCCAAAUUCUGGCUCGACUUCUCCCUCUUCGACGACGGCCUCGACGCCCGGCGCGCAGAGUCCCUCACAACCCUCUCGCACUUCCACCGCUUCCCGGACCUGCCACCAGAGAUCCGCCUCAAGAUAUGGUCCUACCUCAUCGCUCCCCGCGUCGUGACGGCCUGCUGCUUCGAGCGCGACGCGAGGCUGCCCGCCCGGCGUGAGGCGUUUGCGAAGCGCUCUCUCGCCGCACCACGUGUCCCGUCCUUCUCUUCUUCCUCUUCUUCCGCCACCAAAGCAUCAGCAAACGAGUAUGAGAAACUCGUCUUCAACCCAGCAUGCCCCCUCAUCCUCCUCAUCAGCCGCGAAUCCCGCGCCCUCGGCCUACAACACUACGAACUCGCCUUCGGCUGGCGCAUUUCGGCCCUCCUCUCCGACACCCCCAUCGCCCGCCCCCCGCGCGUCUGGUUCAACUUCCGCCUUGACGCCCUCUACCUCGUCGGCGAGCUCGAGGCCUACGACCAGUACGGCUUCAACAGCCCCAUGGUGUACUUUCUACGCAAAGAGGACACGAGGCGCGUGCGGCACGUCGCCUGCGCGUUUGAGGAGCUGCAUUACCCCGAGCAGGAGUCGGAUCAGAUCUUUGGGUGUCUGUGGCACGUUGUCGAUCGGUUCGCGGGCGCGAAGCGGUUGAUGGUUGCUGUUACGCCCGGGGACGAGGAAGGGAUGAAGGGGUGUCUUAUGUUGAGUCCGGAUAAUAUUAUGCAAAAGAUUUGGAACGGGUGGAUUUUGGGGACGACGGUUACGAGUUCUAGUUUGGCGGAUACGCAGAUUUUGAUGGUGCGGGAGGGCGAUUUGGCGGAUGUGAUGGCGUGUCAUGCUGAGGAGGAUGAGGAGAAGAGUGGCAAGAUGUCUGUUGCGGGAGUGGGCACCUAG